AGCCCGUCCCGCCCAGGGGAACGCCGUCGGCAGAUCCCCAGCGCACGGGACCCACGGAAAAAGAGCCAAGAAAGGCAGAAAUGAUGAAUUGUUAAUUACAGCCAGUAUGGAUCAGAAUUAUGUUGAAAAGAGACUUUCAUCAGUUUCACCUGAUGAAGAAAGAAGAGAAGAAAAUAAAACAAACCAAGAAAUUUCUCGAGAAUCACCUCCUUCCCCCAAAUUGGACAGAUUCAAACUAGCAAGACACUUAACCGAAAAAGCGAUCAAGGACAAGAAGAUAUUUUCCAUCUAUGGACAUUACCCGGUAAUCCGUAACACUCUACGAAGAAAAGGAUGGGUGGAGAAGAAAUUCAACUGUUUAUCAAAGGUGGUGCCAAAUGGUGAAGAAGAAUGUGAAGGUGACCCUGGUAGUGUAUCAAAUGAAAGUAAAUACGUUGAAAUUGAAGAAGAAAACGAGAUGAUCUUUCAGAAAUCCAAUAACAUCCAUGAUGUGAUGUCUAGGUUGGUAAAAACAGAAAUCCCUUACUUUCUUUGGACUAUAAAGAGGGAUGUGGUGGAUUACCACAACUUGAGUGGCGACCAGAUGUUGAACCAUUACGGAAAAACAGCUUCUUUUACCACCAAGAUUGGAUUGUGCAUGAACAUGAGGAACCUGCCAUGGUAUGUCCCAGCUAAUCCUCACACGUUCUUCCCUCGUUGUUAUGGUCUUUGCUCUGAUGGUGAGAAACAGGAGUUCCUAGAGGACUUCCGGCGGACAGCUGCUUCUAGUAUCCUUAAGUGGGUUGUCAACCACCACAGUUACAACAAAAACAAAUACAAGAUCAAAAAGGAAGAAAGUGAAGAAGAUUUGAACCGAAACAAAGAUCAAGGGAGUCCUGAAGACAGGAAAUCUGCCCUGGACCUCCCGGGGGAACUUAUAGAAGCGGCUUGCAAGGUGUGUGAGACCUACCUUGGUCAACUGGAGCAUGAUGACAUUGACCUGUCGGCGGAAUCCCUGAAAACCCUGUCCGAGUCGGAGUGGAAGGAGCUCAUCCAGCAGUACUACAACCUCAUCCAUGGUGAUGCUUAUAUUCCUGCUUCAAAGACUUACUUUGCCCAGUGCCAGACUAUUCUGAAUAAAAUCAUGUCAGUGAACCCCCAGUCUGAAAUUGAUGGCAUGAGGAACAUUUGGAUCUUAAAGCCAGGAGCCAAGUCCAGGGGCAGAGACAUCAUAUGUAUGGACAGAGUGGAAGAAAUUAUGAAACUCGUAACGUCGGAUAACCUUCCCUCCAAGGAUAAUAAGUGGGUGGUCCAAAAGUACAUUGAGACGCCCCUGCUGAUUUACGAUACCAAGUUUGAUAUCAGACAGUGGUUUCUUGUCACGGAUUGGAAUCCCCUGACGAUUUGGUUCUACAAAGAAAGUUACUUGAGGUUCUCGACUCAGCGGUUCUCCUUAGACAGCUUGGACAGUGCCAUCCAUCUCUGCAAUAACUCCAUCCAGAAGCACUUCAAGAACGCCAAGGACCGGAGCCCGCUGCUCCCGUGCUACAACAUGUGGACCAGCACCAAGUUCCAAGAGUACCUGCAGAAGCGGGGCCGCGGCAACGUCUGGCAUAACAUCAUCUACCCGUCCAUGAAGAAGGCCAUCACCCACACCAUGAAGGUGGCCCAGGACCACGUGGAGGCCCGCAAAAACAGCUUCGAGCUCUACGGCGCCGACUUCAUCCUGGGCAAGGACUUCAAGCCUUGGCUCAUCGAGAUCAACUCCAGCCCCACCAUGUUCCCGUCCACUCCGGUCACGGCCCAGCUCUGUGCCCAAGUACAAGAGGACACCAUCAAGGUUGUCGUGGACAGAAAAACGGACCGCAACUGCGACAUCGGCAACUUUGAACUCCUGUGGAGACAACCUGCUGUGGAGCUGCCCCCAUUCAACGGCUCCAACCUCUUCGUGGAAGGCUUCAGCAUUCAGAAAGGAAAGAAACACGGAACCCCCAUCACCACCAUCAGCCUUGGGAACCCCCUGCCCGCCGGGCACAUUGUGCGGAACAGAGGCUCCCAGCAGGACCAGGCGCCCGAGCAGGCCCCCGCCUCCAAGCAGGACCCGAAGGCCAGAGAAGACAAGGGCAUGUCCUGCAUCCUGCCCAUGCCGCUCAAGAGAGGCUCGGGCCGGACGUACAAGUUCAACUCGGUCUACAACAAGGCGCUCGGCACCAUGGAGUUCCCCUCUUUUGCGAUUCGGCACCUAGAAAACAUUUCGCACAAAGCCGGGUUUCCCAAAGCCAAGAACACAAAGCUCGCAGACCCCAGUGUGCUAAGCACCGCCUCCAUCGCUUCUGUGCUGCAGACCAUCCGGUCCUUGGAGAACCCCGUGUUCCAGCCGCCCAAAGGCUCAGGGCUUCGAGAGACAAUAAGAGUCAUCAAGUUCCCCAAGGAGGAUUUGAUGGAGCCCCCUGCAAACAAAAGAGUAGCGACCCCUCGGUUUGUGGUGUUGCAGCAACCUUCUCAUUGGCUUCUCCGCCUCGUGUCCCUCUUCCACACCGCUGCCACACAGGGACUUUUCUUCGGUAGCUCUGACCCGGCGCUCUCCCUCUCUCUCCAGUUCACCACCCCGCAAGGCUCUUGGGUCAGAUGUCCCUUUGCCACUGGAAACUUUGCAGGCUGGAGGAUGAAGAUUCAGCAGGUCGCCAACAAGUUCCGAGCCUCCUUCGUGUCCAGGAGCCCCGGCAGCUUUCAGGUGCACCUGUGCAACCGGACGGAGCCUUUCCAUUGCCGUUUGUUUGAGAGCAUCACUGUGGGGGCUCAGGGAGAGGAAGGCGCCAUCGCCCACGUGGACAUCCCCGAGGCCGAGGUCUGCUCCCCAGAGGUCUGCAUCCAGGGCUGGAGGACAGAUGUGAAUUACUCGGUUCCUGUACAGAUGUGUGACAUCAGAUGCAAGAGAUCCCAUAGGAAGAAGCACCAGAGGCCGCACGACUCUCCUAUUGCCGUCCACAAGUAGGUGCCCAGGGACCGGGUUCUGUUUAGAGAGGCAAAAGUGGGGAGGAAGGAAAUCUGGCUUCAGGAAGGUGGGGGGGGGGUGUCCCACUGGCUCAAGGCUUGGGUCCGGCAGCCCGUUAAUUAGCAUCUUCAGUCACGUCCCCAGGUCGGAAAGAAGAGCUCCAGCAUCUCCCUAAGGCCGGAGGACGGAGCUGCAGCCAGAGUCCAGGAGCCACUCCUCUGCCAGUGCCUGGACCUCUGCUAGGCAGCACCAGAGACUCCAGCUUGCUGUGCCUUCUCCCAAGAUCUCUUGCCAGCUGGAUGGUUCCUGAGGACUUUGGGCAGCCCGAUGCCAGCUGUAGGCCAGGCCUGGGCUGGCUCACCCCCAGGAGGACGGCGGCCUGGAGCACCGAAGGCCCGUGGCAUCCUGGCGGUCUCUAGGAUUGGUGUCACCCCGACUUACCUGAGGGGCUCCACGUUCCCCAAAUGUCCUCCAUUUCUUCCUGGACUUAUUUCCCCCCAGCCCCUUUCCCCUCACUCUCUCACUCACUGACUCUCAGGGCUGAUGGGAGAUUCCUCCGUUGUCCCUGGGCUCUGGCUCCGAGCAGGGGCUCUUUGGGCACGAUUUCCAGGGCUUCUCUGCCUCGGCUCUUGGCGUCCCACCCCAAGACUGUAAGUCAGGGCCCCCGGCUCAGUGUGUGGUGGGGGAUGGACUGCCCGUCUGGGCUGGAGGAGCCCACAAGAGCCCCUCCUGUUCCUACAACCUCAGAAAUUGGUGGCGGUCCAUCGCUCAGAGCCCCAUCACAUCUGGAGCAUGUGCCGCCUCCAUUCCCAAGUCUGGGACCCCGCCUGAAGGCUGGGAAGUCUGCCAAGCCUUUGGGGAUGCCUUCAGCCUCACCCCUUCCACAGUGCCUCUCCAGGCCUUUGACCAGGGCCCCUGAGCAGGAGCACCCAACUGUUCGACCAUCCAGUAGAGGGGGAGCUCCUGGAGGGCAGGGACUGCGCUGGUUCUGCCUGUGUACCUCCAGCGCCCAGCACGGGCCCUGGCCCACGGCAGGACAUGA